AGGGCCGGGCCGGUGAUAGAGCAGCACGGAGCAGGAGGCGGGGGUUGGGGGGUGAAGGAGCCUGGGGCUCAGCAUGGAGCCUCCGCCGCCGCCGCCGCUGCCGCACGUUUCGGUGCCGAGCGACGAGAAGCCGUCGUCCACUCGGUCGUCACCGGGCGCCUCGCCUCAGCAUCACCGGCGCCGGCGGUCGGGCCGCUUCGGCCUGGAGAUGUACCGCUCGCUGAGUGAGGACACCUUCGACCUGUUCACGGCCGAGUCGGAGGCGUCGCUGCCUUACCUGGACAACGACGAGGCCGACUUCAGCGAGAGCGACACCACGGUGGACCGCAAGCGGAGCCGGGCCAGCAGCAUCCGGCACCGGUACGAUGUGGUCGGCGAGCUGGGCUGCGAGGAGGUCCGCUGGUUUUACAAGGAGGACCGCAAGACCUGGAAACCCUUCAUCGGAUAUGACUCGCUGCGGAUCGAGCUCAUGUACCGCGACUACCUGAAGCUGGCGGCCAGGGACUCGGGGCUGGACAGUGUACGCACCGUCUGUGUCCGCGGGGGCCUCUAUGAAGUCAACGUGAUAGACAAGGGCUGUUACCCCGUCUACUGGUAUCAACCCGAUAAGAUUGUAGUCAUGCGUGGCCAGUGGUUUGUUGAUGGUACAUGGCAACCUUUGGAAGAAGAAGACAGUAAUCUCAUUGAAGCUGAACACCUAAAGCGUUUUCGGGGUCAACAGAUGCAGGAUGCAUUUGAACUGGAUGUAGCUAAACCCAUGGAUAGUAAAGAUGUCUUUUACCAAUUCCCUCCCUUCUACCUUCCUUUUCUGUUCAAAUGGAGACGCUUUAAGGAAAGUACUGACACUGCAUGUAACAAAAGAAAGUAUUGCCAAGCUAUACAUAGUUUAAAGCUCAGACGCAACCAUGUGGACUGGUAUAGUGUGGAUGAAGUUUACCUGUACAGUGACGCAACCACAUCCAAAAUUGCCAGAACAGUUACCCAGAAGUUGGGAUUUUCUAAAGCAUCAAGUAGUGGAACUAGACUUCAUAGAGGAUAUGUAGAAGAGUCUUCACUUGAAGACAAACCUCCACUCCCUACUCAUAUAGUUUUUGUUGUACAUGGAAUAGGACAAAAAAUGGACCAAGGUCGAAUUAUCAAAAAUACAGGCAUGAUGAGAGAAGCUGCAAGGAAGGUUGAAGAAAAACACUUUCCUUAUGCCACAAAUUUGGAAUAUGUUGAGUUUCUGCCUGUGGAGUGGAGAUCGAAGCUAUGCCUGGAUGGGGAUACUGUUGAAUCCAUUACCCCAGAUAAAGUACGUGGACUUCGUGAUAUGUUAAAUAGCAGUGCUAUGGACAUCAUGUACUACACUAGUCCCCUUUACAGGGAUGAGAUUGUGAAAGGCCUUCAGCAGGAGUUAAAUCGGUUAUAUGCACUUUUCUGUUCUCGGAACCCAGAUUUUGAAAUCCAAGGUGGGAAGGUUUCCAUAGUAGCCCAUUCUCUGGGCUGUGUCAUCACAUAUGAUAUUAUGACUGGGUGGUAUCCAGUGCGAUUUUAUGACAAAAUGGUCCAAGAGGAAGAAGAGAUGACUGAGAAUUCCAUGAGUUUUGAGGAGCGUGAGCUUCUGGAUGAGAUUCUCAAGACUAAAGAACGAUUAAAAAAAUUGGAACACCAGUUGCUUCAAGUGAAAGCUUCAGAACCAUUCAGAUUACCUGCUUUGAAAUUUAAGGUUGAAAAUUUCUUCUGCAUGGGAUCCCCUCUAGCAGUUUUCCUAGCAUUGCGUGGCAUACGUCCUCAACAUACUGGUAAUCAAGAUCACAUUCUACCGAAAAGUAUUUGUGGUCGAUUGUACAAUAUAUUUCACCCGACAGACCCUGUAGCCUAUCGGUUAGAACCUCUGAUCUUGAAACAUUACAGUAAUAUUGCACCCCUCCAAAUCCAUUGGUACAACACACCUGUCUUAACAAAGUACGAUGACAUAAGACCAACCUACAUCAAGCCUGCCAAAGAGUCGAUGAGUCCUUCAAUGCCUCCCUCAGCAUCUACCUCACAUACAGAAAUUGAAAACAUGCCAAGUCCAAGUUCCUCGCCAGUUAUACCUCGACGAAACUAUGGGGAAUCAAUAACCAGUCUAGGAAAAGCAAGUAUAAUGGGAGCUGCACACAUUGGAAAAGGUAUUGGUGGAAUAUUGUUUGCGAGAUUCACACGUUCUUCUUCAAUCAGUGAGGAAUACAAGGAUGAACCAGUUGUAGAAGACAGGAGAACAACUGAAGCUCAGUAUAGUCCAAGGUUGUUGUCACGCAAUAAUUCUGGUCUUUUGUAUGGUGCAGUGGAGUUAGAGCAUCGCCUUGAUUUUGAACUGCGGGAGGGCCUUGUGGAAAGCAGAGACCACCUGUUGGUGUCGACCAAUCAGAAGACAUCAGAUUUCCAGGAGAAUCUCCACACAAGUGACGAACUGUAUAGAGACUGUUGUUACUCCUGCUUAAAGUGCAAUGAAAACAAAGGGAAUCGCAGCUUUGUUUGUGUUUUUUAUUUAUUUUCUAAAAUCCACAAUGAAUAUUGGAAGUACGAGCAACCUAUUUCUAAAUAAAGUACUCAGAUUAGAGUCAAACCUGUUCUUUUCCUACUCUUUAACAAGUUGUCAUUAUUCACUGUAUAAUAAAUAUGUAAAAUACUUCUUUACAAUUAUGGCAAACUAAGGUUAAUACUAACAUUGAGGCUGGAGCUUAUAAUGUUAUAAACUUUAAUUUUUAUUUAUGUUUCAAAUGUGCAAACCAUAUCCAGAUACUAAUAAUGUUUUGUACUAGUAUAACCUCCUAAGAAUGUUGACAUGAAGUUUGCACUUUAUAUCUCCAGUGAUAUCUUACAGCUAGUCAGUGUGGCUAACAAUGAACUGUUUACACAUUUGAAGUAUAAAAAAAGAAGUUUGGUGCUUAUACUUAUGUUAAUACAAAGUUUUUCACUUUUUUGUUGAUUUGUGUAUUUUUUUAAAUUUUGCCACAACUGUUUUGCUUCACUGUGCUGUUGUAUAGUGCAGGGUUUAGAUCAGUGUGGUGCUGGAAAAGUGCAGCAGAUCAGGCAGCAUCCACGGCUCCUCAGAUGCUGCCUGACCUGCUGUGUUUUUCCAGCACCAUGCUGAUCUAAACUCUGGUUUCCAGUAUCUGCGGUCCUCACUUUUGCCUAUUAUAUAGUGCAGAAGACAUUGCAAUGUCAUUCUCUUAGUGCUUUGCAUUUUUUUUGUCAAUAAAAGCCCUGGUGGUUUUAUAACACCAAGUGGUUGAUGCCGUGUAAUUUCAGAUGUCGCUGCUGAAACGUUUUUAUCUCAACCAUUUAAUGCUGAAACCAUUUAAACCAGGCUGAGGUCAUUUUCAGACCUUCCUUCGUAAUACUUUUCAACAUUCAAGCCCUCUUCCACUUCUCCAAAUUUCAAGGCGUAAUUCUCAAAACAUUGUAAUUUAACAAUUUUUUGUCUGGUAAUCGGGCAUUUUCAGAAAACUCCCCAAGUAUCUUAAUUUUUAUACUACCAAAUGAUUAAACACUUCAAUAUUUUAUUUUUUUUUUCACAUUUGCCAUGAUUAUUUGACAAAUGAAAGGAAUAAAUUAUCUGCUGAGCUCAAAA